AUGAUCUUAACAAGAGCAUUCAGAAAUAACAGAAGUUUCAAGCCCACUCGCACCUUCAAAAGCUCAGCAGUACUUAAGACACCGAUACCCUCCCCAUUCACACACGCUCCAUCAGCCCCUAAUGCUAAAGGCAGGCUGCCCGGUGGUCGUGUUAUUGGUAAUGAAGCUGCUUUGCAGCACGCUCAAGGCAAACGCGAAGCCACGAGGGAUAUUUUCAACGAAUUUUCACUAGAGGGCAAAUGUACAGUUGUAUCUGGAGGAGCAGGCGGUCUCGGUUUAGAGAUUGCACAAUCGCUUUGUGAAGCUGGUGCAAACGUGCAUGUGUUCGACAUGGCAGCAUCCCCUAACACGACAUUUAAAGCUGUGCAAGACUACGUCAGCGCGCUCGGAAGUCGCUUAAUAUACCACCAAAUCGAUGUUUCUGAUCAGAAAGCUGUCUUCGCUCUCUGUGACAAAAUAGGCGAAGAGGAAGGCGGUAUCAAUGGAGCUGUAUGCGCUGCGGCAAUUCUAGAGACCUACGACUGCAGUGAUUAUCCCUCUGAAGCAUUCGAGAGAAUUAUGCGAAUCAAUGCUGGCGGUGUUCUCUACACAAGUCAAGGCGUAGCUAGGCAGAUGAAGAAGUACAAGCAAACAGGCUCGAUCGCUAUGAUAGCCAGUAUGAGUGGAUCUAUAACAAACCGCGAUCAACAUUGGGUUGGCUACAAUAGUGCUAAAAGUGCUGUUCUCCAGAUGGCUCGUUCAAUGGCUGCAGAGCUUGGUCCGGACGAUAUCAGAGUGAAUUGCAUCUCGCCUGGUCAUUUCUCAACCAAUAUGACGGAAGCUGUGUUUGCGCAGAAUCCUGGAUUGAAAGAGAAGUGGGAGAGUGGAUCACCCAUGCAGCGUCUUGGUAUACAUCAUGAGCUACGUGGUGCAGCUGUGUGGUUACUGUCCUCAGCCAGCAGCUUCGUUCAAGGAUCUGAUGUGAAAGUCAGCGGUGGAUAUGAGACUUGGUAG